UCCAGCUCGCCCUGCUCCGCGUCCUCCUGGCCGUCCCCGAGGCCGGUGUCGGCGCGCUGCUGUAGCUGCGCUUAAAGGGUGUUUCCUUCGGAGCAUGGAGACUCUUUCAGUAAUAACAUCAACUGCUGAGCUGGGAGAAUGAACAGGACGGCCAGCCUAUCAGGGGACACCCUGAUCACGUGUCACUUCCCCCUGGUGCAACUCCCCCCCUGGCAGCUUCCUGUGCAGACGGCUCUGUGCAGCAGCUCUUCCAAGAGGCCUGGUCGACUGUGCUCCAGCUCCGUGGGUCUGACGCGCACUGCCUCCCUCCCCGAGCAAGACAACCUCCACAGAGAGCCCUUCCACAACAGCCUCAGACAUAUCUCCUCCAGCUACUGGAGCCUCAAGGAGGACUGGGGCGAGGGGGACGGGGAGGGGGGCAGUGACAGCAGUGGGAAGUGUGACUCUGGAUCAUCAGAGGAGGAGGCAUCACAGAUGACCAUCUCUCAAAGACAUAAAGAAUACCCUGUAGUUAGAGGUACUUUACGUCUACACAACUCCUUUCUCCCUAAUGAAGGGGUGGAUGAAGAUGAGGAGGAUGACGAUAGUGAUGGAGAUAACCUGCACAGAUACCAUGAGGACUCCUCUUUUGUGCUGCAGUUGCAUGGGAACUCUAACUGGGCCCUGAGUAAUGCUGGGAGGCGGACCUCCAAACCUUCUAGCCAAUCAGUCAGUCAGAACCAUGAAAACAGGGGUAAAACUGUGUUGACGGACUAUGGGGAGCAGGAGAGACUGGAGGACGUUGAAGAUAAUGUGCUAAAAUGUGGUGAUGAGGGCUACUACUUCAGCUAUGGCCAACCAAAAUGUUUCCCUGAGUCUUUCUCUGAUGGUCUUCUGGAGUACGUCACAGACUCCUCCUGCAACAGCUCAGAUGGGGUUCUCGUCAACUUCAGCGCCAUCUACAACAAGAGUAACAACCCUGCCAUCCCAAAUGACCUCAGCAGUCCUGCAGUGCAGUCAUCCCAGCCAGCAGAAGGCUCUGUCUUCCUAAACUUGCAACCUUUCCCCCAGGAGCCCCAGGGUCCUCAGGCUGCUGGCCCCAGUCAGGGGGGCAGAACAAUCUCCUCUUCUCUUGACAGGGGGCAUUCUAUCCCCUGCUGGUCACCACAGGCGAUGGACUCAAACUGUAAUGUCUACUCUCCCGACACCCAGGGCCUCCUGUCUUCUCUGGAGGUCUCUGACCUCACUUCCUGUCUCCAGAGCCAGGCCAGGCUGCUGCCCACAGGGACCACCCAGAAGUACUACAAGCUGGUGACCUGUGACCUGUCAUCUCAGUCAGCCUCACCCAGCCCAGCCUGGUCCAGCACCACCAGCGUCACCUCAGAUGGCCACUACUUCCUCUUCAGUAAGGCCCGAGGAGAGCAGAGCCAGGGGGCAAAACAGCAGGAAGAAGGCUUAGACAAAGAAGAGAGGAGAGCUACCCCAUUGCACCGUCCUCGCUGUAUGAGCUGGGACUCCCUGCAUGUCACCUUUGCUGAGAUUGCCUACUGUAAGAGACAUACAGACAGCUGCCAGAGCUCCAGCCACUCCCACACCUUCCAGGAUUUGUGUCCCAUCCAGGAGGCAGUUUCCCUGGGCCAGAGUAGCAUCCACUCCCCCCUACUCCUGAGUCCCAACCAAGGCAGUAUCAAUGUGUCCUACUACCCUUCUGUGUCAACAAACCAUGAGAUGGAGGAGGAGGGGGCAUGUUCAUGGGCCACUCCUAUGGUGCGCUACAGUAAGGCUCAGAGGCCCACCUCCCUGCCCAUCCAGCCCUUCGUCCUGCUUCCCCCGGCAGGUAAACCUCAGAGCCAGCCCCUGAGCUCCCUGCUGGACCAGUACAUCAGCCACAAGAACACCAAGCCUAGCUUCAGCUCCCAGCCAGGGUCCAAGUGCAUAGGCAAAGGCAACAGACUCCUGACCCACCUGCGUCCCUCACCGCUAGGCAGCUAUGGAGCCAUCCUCCUGGAAGGCCCCUCCAGCUCUGAUACCUGCUCCACCUGCACCCCCAGUCCAGAACGCUUCCAGUCCAGACUCAACUGGACACACUCCAGUCCAUACAGGCCCCACACUAGCCUUGGUCUCACUUCGACCAGUCCAAAACAAGCGCAAACAAGCACAAAACAAUCUCAUACCAAACUAACCCAGGCUUAUUCAUGCCAGGACCAGCUCUAUGAAGACCUAGACCAAACCUACCCCAGCCCAGGUCAGGCCAACAGUAGCCCAAACCAGUCUCAUUGUAAAGAUUCAAUCAAACGUAGCCAAGGCAUGGCUCAGAUCUGCCAAGAUCUCAUUCGCCUGUCCCCAGAGCAGAAGAGCCUCAACCCAUUCCUCCUGACCCACAGCCCUCACUGUCCCAUCUCCCAAGUAGCAACCAUGUCACCCUCUGACAGUCACAUCCAUCAUCCAGACCUGCUGGUUUCCUCUCCAGACCCACCCUUACUGCCCCACAAGAGAACCCCACUAUCCUCAGUCCCUAUGGCUGGGUCUGCAGCCUCUCAUCGUAGCCUGACAGCUGCUCUCUCAUCAGUGGCCCCUAUGUCCUCUCUGAGCACCCUUCUGCAGCCUCUGGUGUCUGCAGGGCCCAGUGUGAAGCAGCAUCAACAACAGCACUGUGACUCCUUCAGCCUGAGUGACAGUAGGCCACCUGUGGAGUUCUGCCUGUCACCUGAAGCCUCCUACGAGUCUCUGUCCAUCAGCCACCUGCAGAGGAGAGGUUUGCUGAAAUCUGUGAGCUUGGCAGUGGAUUUGAUCAUGGCUCAUUUUGGCACCAGUCGAGAUCCAGGGGAAAAGAUCCGGCUAGGGAACAGUUCUAGGAGUCCCACCAUUGGUGGUCUAGUCCUGGAGCAUUUGUGUCCCACCAUCCAGAACAUUCUGCAGGAUGGCCUCAGGGACCACAAACUGGACCUGAUCAUCGGUCAUCGACGCAACCACGCCUGGAAUGUGGUGGAUGCCUCCACUCAGGCAGGCCCUACCACCCAGGUGCUCCACAGCCUGCUGUCCAAGGUGAGGCAGUGCUCCCUGCUGACCAGCCACUGUAUGAGACUACGAGCCUUCAUCAUGGGCCUGCUCAACUUGAGGGCCUUGGAAUUCUGGCUAAAUCACCUCUACAACCAAAAAGACAAGGUGACAGCUUACUACCAUCCAUGGGGUUUCCUCGCCAUGUCACAUGGGCAGUGUCAGCCUAUGUUCCAGGAGCUCCUCCUCCUGCUGCAGCCUCUUUCCAUGUUACCCUUUGACCUCAACCUGCUGCUGGAGCCCCGCCUGCUGAACAACAGACAGCUCUGCUCCAGGGAACAAGCUCCACCAUGCUCCACCUUUCUCAUGACCAGUUGGCCCCUGUUGAGAGGAGACAGAGGAGACAGACAGGGGGCAUAUGGCUCUAUGGAUGGACCCAGAGAUAACAGCAGGCCACCAGGUGACCCACACCAGCUGGUACAGCAUCUUCAGGGGUCCACCCAGGGGUCAAUGGUCAUGGGUCAGGAGAAGUGGGCGAGGCAUUUAGGCAAGUCUAGCAGGAGCCUGUGGUCAGCCACCAGUCCAGGGUGGUGGCAGAGACGUCCUGCCCACGCAGAGGGGGUGGUGGAG